CUCAAUAAUUGGCAGACUUCUAUUUUUUUUUUCUCAAUCUUAUCAUUAUUCGGCAAAAACACCCAAAGAAGGCGAAAACAAAAAGAAUCUAUUUAUCUCCUAAAUUCAGGCUUGUUUGCCACACCAAUCCUUUCUAGAUUUGAAGUCAUAGAUCAUCGUGAAUGGGCUUUCGUUUCCAUAACUUUGCUUCUUUGCUUCUUCUUCCUGAUCUUCAAUGGCUCCAACUCUUUGCUUUCUUCUGAUCCUUUAUAGAUUACCUAUCACCGGCAUUCACCUCCUCCUUAUAUUCCUCCAUUCUCUCUUAUAACUCUUCCUUCUCACCGGUUUUCCCGGUUUCAACAAAAACCCUGAUCUUUCUUUCUUUCCGAAGGUCAACCAAGGGGAAAAAAACACUCAGAUCUUUGAUUUAGAAACAAGUAUUCUCAGUAAACAAACGGAAAUUUUAAGGAAUGGCAUCGGUGCUGUUGUACCAUGUAGUGGGGGAUCUGACGGUGGGGAAGCCUGAGUUGGUUGAAUUCUGCGAUGUUGAGACAGUUGAAUCAGCUAUAAGAGCAAUAGGUGGAUCAACUGAGUGUGGGAUACCGGUUUGGAAGAGAAGUUCUCAUGUGGGAAUGAUUGAAAACAAUGAAAUGAGACAACAGAGGUUUGUUGGUAUUUUAACUUCACUUGAUAUCAUUUCCUUUUUAGCUAAAACUCAGUGUUUGGAAGAUCAGGACAAAGCUAUGAAAACACAAGUUUCUGAUGUUGUUGUCCCUAAUAAUACUCUCUUGAAGAUUGUUGAUCCUGGCACCAGAUUGAUAGAUGCACUCGAGAUGAUGAAGCAGGGUGUGAGACGACUUCUUGUUCCAAAGAGCAAGGUAUGGAAAGGCAUGAGCAAGCGAUUCUCAAUUCUUUAUAAUGGGAAAUGGCUCAAGAACAUUGAUAACGGUAGCAGCAACAACCUCAUUGCUAAUGCCAACCGCCCUUCCUCUUCAUCUGCUGCCGCUUACAUGCGUGACAAGUUUUGCUGUCUCUCAAGAGAAGACAUGAUCCGUUUCCUCAUCGGUUGCCUUGGUGCACUAGCUCCUCUUCCCCUGUCCUCUAUUUCCUCACUCGGAGUUGUUAACCUAAACUAUAGCUCAAUUGAAGCCUCCCUUCCUGCUGUAGAAGCAACUCAAAAACACCCCGGUGAUCCCACUGCAGUUGCCGUUGUGGAGGUCACACAAGAUGGCCGCCAUAAGAUUUUAGGAGAAAUCUCGGCCUCAAAACUAUGGAAAUGUGACUAUUUAGCUGCAGCUUGGGCAUUAGCCAACCUCUCAGCCGGACAAUUUGUUAUGGGGGCCGAGGAUAAUGUGAGUUCAAGAUUGCUUCCUGAUAUUUCGGUUAAUUCAACAGUUGAAGAUAAUAAGGUAGCGAAUGGUGGUGGGUCAGCAAGGGCAAGAAAAUUCAGUAGUAGAAGCAUCGGGUUCAAUCCCGUGAGCCCGAGUUUUGGUAUGGGGAGGACCAUGUAUAGGGGCAGAAGUGCACCCUUGACAUGCAAAACUUCAAGUUCUUUAGCCGCAGUUAUGGCUCAAAUGCUAUCCCAUAGGGCAAACCAUGUAUGGGUGACUGAGGAUGAUAAUGACGAUGUUCUGGUCGGCAUGGUCAGUUAUGCCGACAUUUUGGUCGCAGUGACCAAGCAACCUGCUGCAUUUAUUCCCUCAACUCGAUCCAUCACGGAGCUUGCCUCCGAAAUUCAAAGUUGAGUUCCCCUCCUUUUUCACCAUUCUGGGUUGGAAUAUUGUACUUACAGCAGGAGGUGAGUCGUAUGCAGCAUGUUGGUGAGAGGGAUUGGGGAUUGAAAAUGGUGCUUAUAAAAAUUCAUAUAUGUGCUUUAUGAUCUUGUGAUGCUCUUUUUAUUACCUGGUACCAAGUACAUUGUUAUUAUAUUAUUGAACGGAUUACUGUAUUACCUUUUUCUUAAAUUUAAUAUGAAUACGAAUAUCUAUAAUAAA